GAUAAGAGGUGGUGUCACAUUUCAGCAAGCCAAUGCGGAACAGUUUGCAGAUGGUGGCGGAGUAAACCUGUUAAUGUGCACACACUGGCAGUUUCCAUGCUUGCAAGGAUAUUGGAGUGAGAGGAACAACAAAAAACCAUACAGUCCAAAGGCAUCUCUGCGGAUCAGCUUACUUUCAUCAUUUGAAGAUGAUGCGAUUGCUGUUCCUGAGUCUGCUUCUGCUGCUGCCAGCUGCCUCCGCUUCAGAUGAUACGGAGGGAUCGGCUUCAUUUGAGUCAGACGAUGAGGAUAUGCCAACUAUGAAGACACAUGGGGGAGUUGUGGGGAGUUUUCCAAAGAGGGAUCAGUCCACUGGUUCGACAGAAGACUCGAAAGAAGGUCAGGUCCUGGUGAUCGCUAUCGUUGCUGUGGUGGCAGUGUUGGUUCUAACCAUAGUCAUAGUUGCUGUUGUGUGUGUGAGAAGGCGAAAACUGAAUCAGGAGCAAGGAAUUUACACCGUGCCUACGGAGCAGGGCCACAAAAUAGCCAUCUAGUUUCCCAACCCACCUGCAGUCCUCCAUUGCAAAGCAGAGAGCCAAGCACGACAUCAGGCUCUGUCAUCUCCUGCUCUGACUCAGGACACUUUAACCUCUUUGCACGACAACCUGUUUGACACAGCACCGAUUCCUGCUCGCGCCCACACAGCCCUCGUGUUCACUCAGCACUUGCAAAAUGUGUCUUCCUUGUGGUGCCACUUUUGUUUUUUGUUUUUCUGUGCCACUCCGUCUCGGUCCACUCAGGAUUUAGCCGUGGAGCUCCAGUUCAAAUCGAAGACAGCGAAUGAGGCUCAACUUUAUAUUCACCAAAAUAAUUCAUUCAGCACAAAAGCCUAUAAAUUUCUUUUUUUUUUCUUUUCUUGAAAGAACAGACAAACAGAAAAUUAUUCCAACUGGUUAUGAACUUGAUCCAUGUGGCACAAACAGACAAACUACUCUAAUCCAAUAUAAGCUGACUUAUGCGCUUUUUCCUCCUGUUCAUUUGUCACGCAUCCUCCAUUCUUGUACCUUUAAAAAAAAAUAAAAAAAUCCCUAUGUCCCUUCUCUGCAGUUCUGCAUAAAUGACCCUGUGACCGGUUUUUAGUUUCCACUCUUUCAUUUUGAGAUCCUGUCAGUUUAGUGUUUAAACUGUUUGUUCAAUUCAAUUCAGACUUGGGUCAAUAACUUCCAUCUUAAAAAAGAAGGAAAUGUAGUUUGCAGGAGGGGGAAAAAGCGGUUUGAAUUUACUUAGUACUGAUUGACCAAACACCAACGGUGUUUUCGUUUCACUCGUGCGGAACACAACCUUGUUGAUAUGCUCUUGUUUUUCUUUCAUUCUGACACAAAAAGUGAUGUUUUAGUUCACUACCUGAUUCAAAACAAAUAACAAUAUUCAUUGUUAAUGCAUUUAUUCAGUGUAAAUCUGAGCAUUGUGCCUUAGUCUGAGAUUAUGGCUUUUUUUUUUUUUUGCCCAAAAAGCCUUCAGUAGGUGUCAGUAUUUCAAGGAUAAAAUUUUGAUUUGAAAAGAAAAUAAUGCAAAUACGAAACAUUUCUAUUAAGUAAUAUAUUGUGUAAUUUUUAUGACACUACUAAUUCAGUUUAAGUUGUAGCAAUGGAGCUUUUUUGAUUCUGUAUAUGAUAACUUUUUAUUUUCCUUUUCUGUCAGGGCUAAAGGCUUUAAGUAUCUAUUGUGUAGAGAUGUGUGUAUCAAAUUUUUCUUUUUACAAAGCAUUUAUCCAAAAAUAUUUGUUGGCUGUUUUAUUGGAGCAAAGAAAGUAAACAGUUUGAUUUCACAUUGAGGAAGUUUGCUCAUUUAUGCACUUUUUGUAUUCAAAUGUAUGUGUUUUGGUUUUUUAUACACCAACAAAAACCCUUGCAGAUGUUUUGGUGGUAACAUAAUCUCCAGAGUGUUGGUGUCUCAUAACAAACGGGUUGCAGUUAAGUAACAUGUCGAUUGUUUGCACAACUGCAGUCACUUUUUUUAUGUCUUAAAGCAGUAAGACUUCAAAAAAGAAAUGCUUUAUAUUGUGUAGCAAUGCUGAAAUCUGGAUGGUUUAUUUUUCUCAUUAAAUGUCUUUUCAAAUGUU